AUGACUAUGAUGAAGGUUGUUCUGCUUCUGCAUAGCUGCUGGUUGUUGCCUUAUGUUUUUCCUUCCUUUUUUUGCGCAGUGUUUCAACUUUACUUUGCCCUCGGUGAGCAUCAGAUACUCGAUUGGCAUGCAGAAUUGGACUUACCUUACAGUGUCCUAAUACCUUCUGACAAGGAACCAUCCGGGUGCACCCAACGAGAUCAAAGUUGA